GGACAAUCAGAACCUACACACCCACCUCCAGACACGCUCGCUUUUCUCAUUUCUUACUUCUAGUCUAAAUUACAUAGCAAAGCCGUCGUGCAGGAGCGCACCGAUCCAGCAGACAGUCAGAGUUUGAAGCAGCAGCGCCAGGGUCAACAUUCAAGCUGAAAUUCAACAUGGAGUCCCCCCCAGAUCCAGCGAGCGACCCGGGCAACAGCGUCUCGGAGCCGGCUACCCCGGUCAGGGAAACCCCGGUAAACCUGGAGACGCUCCGGAAAGCGGACCAUCCGGCGCCGGUUCGGAGGCAGACCUGCUCCAGCACCAACAGAGGUAUCUCAGUAGCAAAGAAGACGCAUACCUCUCAAAUCGAAAUAAUUCCCUGCAAGAUCUGUGGAGACAAAUCAUCAGGCAUCCAUUACGGCGUGAUAACAUGCGAGGGCUGUAAGGGCUUCUUCAGGAGGAGUCAGCAGAGCAAUGCAGCCUACUCGUGCCCCCGCCAGAAGAACUGCUUGAUCGACCGCACGAGCCGCAACCGCUGCCAGCACUGCAGGCUGCAGAAGUGUCUGGCAGUGGGAAUGUCACGAGACGCGGUGAAGUUUGGCCGCAUGUCAAAGAAGCAGCGCGACAGCCUGUACGCCGAGGUCCAGAAGCACCGGCUGCAGCAGCAGCAGCGCGACCACCAACAGCAACCCGGAGAGGCGGAGCCGCUCACACCCAGCUACGGCCUCUCAGCCAACGGCCUCACGGAGCUCCACGACGACCUGAGCGGCUACAUGGACGGCCACACCCCCGACGGCAGCAAGCCCGACUCUGCGGUCAGCAGUUUCUACCUGGACAUCCAACCGUCCCCCGACCAGUCAGGCCUGGACAUCAACGGCAUCAAGCCGGAGCCCAUUUGUGAUUUUGCCCCCGGCUCCGGCUUUUUUCCUUACUGCUCCUUCACCAACGGCGAGACCUCCCCGACUGUGUCUAUGGCUGAACUUGAGCACCUGGCCCAGAACAUCUCAAAGUCGCACAUGGAGACAUGUCAGUACCUGAGAGAGGAGCUGCAGCAAAUGACCUGGCAGGCUUUCCUGCAGGAGGAGGUGGAGAGCUACCAGAGCAAGCCGCGGGAAGUCAUGUGGCAGCUGUGUGCUAUCAAAAUAACAGAGGCCAUUCAGUACGUGGUGGAGUUUGCCAAGCGCAUCGAUGGCUUCAUGGAGCUGUGUCAGAACGAUCAGAUAGUGCUGCUGAAAGCAGGCUCUCUGGAAGUCGUGUUUGUCAGAAUGUGCCGUGCCUUUGACUCUCAAAACAACACAGUCUAUUUCGAUGGAAAAUAUGCCGGACCUGAUGUGUUCAAGUCAUUAGGCUGUGACGACUUGAUCAGCUCCGUCUUCGAGUUUGGGAAAAACUUGUGUUCUAUGCACCUGUCUGAGGAUGAGAUCGCCCUGUUCUCUGCCUUUGUGUUGAUGUCUGCUGACCGGUCCUGGCUCCAGGAGAAAGUGAAGGUGGAGAAGCUCCAGCAGAAGAUUCAACUGGCCCUCCAGCACGUUUUGCAGAAGAACCACAGAGAGGAUGGUAUACUUACAAAGUUGAUAUGCAAAGUGUCGACACUGCGAGCGCUGUGCAGUAGGCAUACAGAGAAGCUCACAGCUUUCAAAGCAAUAUACCCAGACAUUGUGCGUGCCCACUUCCCCCCCUUAUACAAGGAGCUGUUUGGAUCAGACUUUGAGCAGUCCAUGCCCGUUGACGGGUAGCAGCCCUGCCGGGUGCCGGCGUGCCCGUCGUGGGGGGAACGUGGAGGAGGAAUCUGAGACACUUUACUGGUGCCCUGCACAAACCGGAGCGGACACACGGCACGCUGUUCAACUUGUUGUUUUACAUCUGAAUGGGGAUGGGGGGGUGUUGGGAGGGGCUUGAUUGUCAAGGUUUACUUUAUUAAAUUAUCUUUGGAAUGGCAUGCAGGACCCGACACCCCACGGGACUCGAGACGGAGAUGGGAAGAUCUGUUCGGCUGAACUUGACUCUCUUCUGCGCUUUUUUUUUUUU